CAAGACACACUUACACAUGCUAGCUCCUUGACGCACACACGCCCACAUUUACACACACAUGCAUUACCCUGUGCACUGUGAAGCAGAGACAAUAUCAGAAUUCAGUUCAAUAACAGGGCAAAGAGAAGCUGAGACAAGCCUCAGAGCUGAACACAAGAGAGAAGAAGAGGAUUGUCGUGGACAGCAGUGAGCUUCAGUAACCCGCCAAGCUGUAUGUAUGCUGAGUGAAGGGGGCAACAUGAGAACCUUAUUCUUCCUCAUCAUCAGUGAGGUCCUGCUCCUCGACCUCAUCUGCACAUCCAGAGUCCGAGUGCGCAGGCAGACUAUGAAGGUGCGUAUCACUGCUACGGGAGACACCAUCAUCCUGAAAUUCCUGCGACCGGAAGCAGACACAAAACUGGAGGGAUAUAUCCUGGGCUAUGGCAGUGGCAUGUUCUCCAAACAGUUUAUCAAGCUACCUGAGGAGAACGAGCACUACGAAACUGAGAUCGAUGCUGAGCCAAAAUAUCUGAUUGUAGUGCAGCCAGUCAAAGCAAACAAAGUGAAAAAAAAGUGCACGGGGAAGGUGUCUCUGGAGAAACCUCUGCAUCUGAUGAUUGGCACUGUGACCCCUACCUCAGUUCACCUGUCCUGGGGCACACUACUGAAAACCCCGUACACAGAUGCUCACCUAGAAGACUGCGAGGAGGAUGGUGAGUUCACCGUGCGCUACAAGGAGAAGGAAACCAGCCACAAAUGGAACUAUGAAACAUGUCCCACCACUGAUACAGUCAUCGAUAAUCUCAAACCGGACACACCUUAUGAGUUUGAGGUGCGAGCAGAGACCAAGGCCGACACUGGGGCUUGGAGCCCUCCAGUAACACACAACACAGCCGAUAUUCAUGAACCUUUGAAGCCAAGGAGUCAGCUGAGCCCUCAGAAACCUACCGUGGACGAUCCCCGCGCCUUCCCACCUGUGACCAUCCGUCACAACAUCACUCUGAGCAGACAUCCUCCCCUCGUCAGGCACACCGCAGAUCCUCCUACACCAAGAGGAAAUCAAGGAACAGGAACUGAUGGCAUAGCAUCUUCCUCCCCUACUGAGGACCCAUUGUUUUUGACCCAGACUCUAACAUUCAUUCAGACACUCAUGAGUCAGCCCACUUCAAAGACAACCAGCUCUUUUGACCCACAAAUCUCAUCCAUUUCCAGUACAACUGUAAAACAGCACAACACAAUUCAGUUCCAACUGAACACCAUUGAAACCCAGUCAAGUACCCAUAAUACCCAACCAAUAACAACUAAAACUCAGUUGAUUACAACUGAAACCCAACCCAUAACAACUAACACCCAACCCAGUACCACUGAAACCCAUACCAGCACAGUAAAAGCUCAGCUUCAUACAACGCAUCCAAGAACAAGCCAAUUCCAUAUUACAGGUCAACCCCAUUCAAACACAAUCCAACCCCAAUCUAGAAUUACCCAAUCCCAAACAAACACUACCAUACCUGAUCUCAGUACUAUUCAACCAAAAACUAGCACAGAACAAUUCCAUUGCAGAACAACCAAAUCUAACUCCAGAACAACCCAGAAAGAGCCCAUCACAAGCCAGGCCAAACCGAUUAUAACCCAGCCCAAACACAUCACAACACAGCCCUGGCACAUCACAAUCCUGAAAGAGCCCAUCAUAACCCAGAAACAGCCCAUCAUAGCCCAGCCUGAAUCCAUCACAACCAAAUCUCUGCCCAGUAUAAUACAACAAAACCCCAGCACACCUCAGCUCAAAGCAACCAAUGUCAAGUCCAUUAUAACCCAAACCAAGCCCAGAAUACUCCAAAAGAUAAGUACAACUCAGUCCCAGACAACUGAACAAUUAUUUAGCACAGCAUUGCCAACUAACAUAGUUCAACAACAAAUUCCAACCCAACCAAGCCCCGUUUAUGAACAAGUCAGCCUCACACAACCCCAACCAGGCACAACUAAAAAACAACCCAACAAAAUGCAUCAACCUAGCUCAUCUAGAACAACUAAACAUCAAACAUAUACAGUUAUGCCAAAAUCUAUAAAUGAACACAACACAUACUACCAAUUAAGUACAACAACACAGCAUAAACAGGUGUCAAGCACUAAUGCUUCUCCAACAGCUUCAACUAAGGACAACUUCACAAGCAUACCCAAAGCAGACAUACAAGAAAGCAUAGCAUCACAACAUCCACUUUCCCAACAUACAUUUUAUGCUAAAGAAACACCAAGCCCUAUAACAACCAGUGACUGGUACACACCCAGUAUCCAUGAAAUAGUAACAAAGACAAGGGAACAGCCCCUGGGCUCCACUAAAUUUCAAAAGGAAUCGGUAUUGGCCCAAGACGAUCACCUUUCUAGCUCUACAAUACAAACUCCCCACACAAUGCACUGGCAAUAUGGCAUAAGUGACAGCACACCUGAGAAUGAGCCACAAAUUAUAAAUGUUCAGCACAGUGGCACCAAACAUGUCCCAGAAGAAUCCCCAGCAACAAUUCAAACAAACUUCCUCAAAAAAACUCCAGCAAAAUUUAAUGUCAGUCAUUGGCCAGAAACGCAGGCUGUGAACAAGAAGCUCUCAGGCAGCCAAGAAGCUCCAAGCCAAUCACAGGAUGGAGAGCCUCUUCCAAAGCCUGCUAUUGUCAGUGAGGUGGUGGAUAGAGACCAGGGUAAUGAUAUCAAUGGUCAAGUUAUCUCACGCAACUCUCCAUCUCCUCAUCUUCUGGCACGGCCACUGGGCCCUAAAGUGGUGCAGAAUGGAACUCGUCUUGCAAAAUGGGUCUCACACAAUUCUUCUUCUCCUGAACUUGUAACGCACCCUCUGGACCCUACAGUAGUGCACACUCUAAGCUCUGCAUUGGUGGUGAAUGGGACUCACCCUGCCAAAUGGAAUGCUAGCAACUCUAUAUCUCCUGUACUUGUGGCAGACCCGCUGGGUCCUAAAGUGGCGCGGAAUGGGACUCGCCCUGUGAAAGGGAACACAAGUAACUCUUCAACUCCUGUACUUGUGGCAGACCCACUGGGUCCUAAAGUGGCGCGGAAUGGGACUCGCCCUGUGAAAGGGAACACACGUAACUCUUCAACUCCUGUACUUGUGGCAGACCCGCUGGGCCCUAAAGUGGCGUGGAAUGGGACUCGCCCUGUGAAAGGCAACACACGUAACUCUUCAACUCCUGUACUUGUGGCAGACCCGCUGGGCCCUAAAGUGGCGUGGAAUGGGACUCGCCCUGUGAAAGGCAACACACGUAACUCUUCAACUUCUAUACUUGUGGCAGACCUGCUAGGCCCUAAAGUGGCGCGGAAUGGGACUCGCCCUGUGAAAGGGAACACACGUAACUCUUCAACUCCUGUACUUGUGGCAGACCCGCUGGGCCCUAAAGUGGCGCGGAAUGGGACUCGCCCUGUGAAAGGCAACACACGUAACUCUUCAACUCCUGUACUUGUGGCAGACCCGCUGGGCCCUAAAGUGGUGCAGAAUGGGACUCCGUCUGGGCGUGGCCCUCCAGGUUCCACUAGAAAUACAAAAACCAAAGUACCCAGUGGUGUGAAGCAUCAAAAGCGGUCACAACUCAAACCUACCAACAGGCCUAGGAAACAAUUUGAAUCAUUUGCAAAUCUGCGUGCACCAGUCUCAAACAAGAAGACGCCAAAUCAGGCGGAGCAGCCGACAGAGAAGGAUAAAAUAACAGAUCUGAAACAAAUGGAGAAGCUGCCAGUUCUGAAGCCCCAACCUGCUCCUUCCACAGAAAAAAUAGUCUAUCGAAAGCCAACACCAACAAGCACACCUCUUUCUCGCUUUAAUGGCAGUUGGUUUGGCACUGGGCCAAACUCCACUAUAUUCAGAGCUGUCCCUGUCUCUGAUGUGGAUGCCAUGGGAAAACAACGGUUUACAGCCCCCCAUGUCAUAUAUAACACAGGCAAGCGUCCGGAGGAGCCCUGCUCUGUCACUCGCUCUCUCGGUUUAUUCCCUGACGAGGAGAACGAAGAGGUAAAUGUCACUGGGCCGCCCAAGACGCCUCCUUCCAACGUCACCGUGGUUACCGUGGAGGGAUGUCCCUCCUUCGUUAUAAUUGAUUGGCAGAAGACAGAUAAUGAAACUACAGCAUAUGAGAUCUUAACCAAGGGUCCAAAUGGCAAUAAUAUAGCUGUUGUAACCAAUCAGACACACACAGCUGUGGAGAACCUGAAACCACAGAGCAAUUACGAGUUCACAGUGACACCAAAGAAUGAGCUCGGUGUAGGCCCUCCCACUGAGCCAGUCAGCUUCAGUACUGAGUCAGCGGACCCUCGUAUUAGUGAUGUCCCCACGGGUAAAACUGCCAUCUGGUCAUCAUUCCCAUUCAAAGCAGACUCCUACUCCGAAUGCAAUGGUAGGCAGUUUGUGAAACGGACCUGGUAUCGCAAGUUUGUGGGAAUCCAGCUGUGUAACUCCCUCAGGUACAAGAUCUACCUGAGCGAUUCACUCAAAGGGAGGUUUUAUACUAUAGGGGAUCAAACCGGCUAUGGGGAAGAUCACUGUCAGUUUGUUGAUUCGUACUUGGAUGGCCGUACUGGAGGUCCGCUGCAACCAAACCAGUUACCAGCCAGAGAAGGCUAUUUCCGGUCCAUGCGGCAGGAGCCAGUGAAGUUUGGAAAGAUCGGUGGGACCUCCUACAUCAACUAUGUGGCCUGGUAUGAGUGUGGAGUCCCAAUUCCUGGGUCAUGGUAGGAUCUCUGCAGGUGUCUGAAGAUAAGAAUGUAUUGUAUCUGAUAAGAAUGUAUUGUUGAGAACACAGAACAAAAAGCAAAGCACAGCACUAAAUAAUUGAAUGUAUCCACAUUAUCUAAUAGGACAUUCAAGGCUUUAUGUUAUUUAUACAUAAAUUAAUUGGGUGCUUAGAGAGAAUAAAGAAAUUGAAAUGUUUAUGAAACGCGGGGUAGCAGGCUCCCUGAAUGGCUGAAAAAUGUAUAUUAUUUAUCAAGAGGCUGGGCAUAAUGCUGUGGUUUCAAAACCACUGAAAUUAGAGGUGUCUUAAGGAAUACCCAUAAACCACCUCCUAACUGUGCAGCUAUAUAUUAAUGCAUAUAAUGCAUAUAUUGCAUUAUCUCUCAUUUACAGGUAUUGCAUCUUAGCUUCAGGCUCCAUUUUGCACAGUACGAAAUAUAUGUUUGUCUUGAAAGAAUCAAUUUUUUUUUCUCCUUUUGAGUCAUGCAGAUUUUGAAAUUAACAUUGUCCAUUGAAGUUACAGACUUGAGCAAACAGCUUUAUUACAAUGUCCUCUAGGAAGGAACGCAGCAGUUGAGUGAAAGCAAAUGAGUGUAUUCUACAAAACAUUUGCAGUCAGGGCUUUUACAAGCUUAUUUUACAUUUUUAUAUAAGUAUUUUUGACGACAAAAAAAGGUUUCAAAUAAAAAUGUAAAAAUGUCAGUUUUCCUUAUUUCUGUGGUUUGUUUGUGAAAAUGCAAGAGGAAAUAAAUGUUCUUUUGACACUAAGGAAAUCUGAGGUCAAAUAUUUAGAUUCACUUACAGAGUUUUUAAAAUAAAGUUGCCACUUUUUAAAUAACACAAACCAAAAAAAUGAUACCGGAAAUGUCAGAAGUAAAAGUUUUUUUACUCUCCAUCACACCCACAAACAAUAUGUUAGAUUUUUAGUUUCAAAGUCUUUAUUCACCUCCAGAAAACAAAUGUUACAGUUUUUACAGAAUGGCUUGCGACACAGCAUGUCCAGUCAUGGAUUAGUAAAAAAAAAAA